AACAAGUUUGGAGAACCCAUGCUGAAUCCACACUCCACUGAAGAACCCAUCCUCCUGUCAUAAAUCUAAAUAUUAUCCACACUCCACUGAAGAACCCAUCCUCCUGUCCUAAAUCUAAAUAUAAUCCACACUCCACUGAAGAACCCAUUCUCCUGUCCUAAAUCUAAAUAUUAUCCACACUCCACUGAAGAACCCAUCCUCCUGUCCUAAAUCUAAAUAUUAUCCACACUCCACUGAAGAACCCAUCCUCCUGUCCUAAAUCUAAAUAUUAUCAAUUUUAUCUCAAAAAAUAUUUACUGAGUAAUUGACAAUAUUUAAUGUUUUAGUUUUGGAGUUGUUCUGUUUUUAUGCUUUCUGUUAUUUAUUUUCAUCAAUUUACGUGAUUUUAUAUUUCCGUGUCAUUGAUUAAAAGAUGCCAUCUCUUGUCGGAGAGAUUACCUAUGUUCGGAAUUCAGCCAAUGAGGGUUCAACUUAAUCUGUUUAUUCAAAAUGUCAAGCUUCUCAGAAAAGCUUAAAUCGAAAAUUCUAAUGAUUUAAACAACUAAAAAAUCAUGUUGGGUGUUAGAAUAUAAGUUUAGAAUGUCGACGUAAUUUUCAGGGGCUUUCCACUUUCAUAUAGACAUGCCCGAUUCACUACGGCACCCUUUAAAUUUUCCUCAGUUUUCGCUUGAUUGACCAGAAUUUUGAAAUCGCAAUUACUGCCUUUACAGGGGUUGUAAACGUUAUUUCAAAUUAUAAGUCAUUUAAAGACUGGCAAGUCCGAUUCACAACGGUACCCUUAAUUGUCUGUUCACGUUUGCAUUUAAUAUCUAUGCUUAAUUUCGCUAAACAAAACAUUUUUAAAGCUAAAAGACUACAUUAUCUUCCAUCAUAAUGAGUUAGAUAAAGGUUUCAAGGGUAUCGUUGUGAAUCGGACAUUUCCAUCUUUUUAUGGAGUGUAACUUAAAUUUACGCCUACAGUACCUAUAAUCCAUUUUGUGUUUAUAUAUCUCCUCCGAAUAGAAAGAGCUGACUAAUUCUAUUAAAUUGAACUGGAUAUAACUAGAAACUUUAGAAUUGUAUUCUCAGAAAUAUGUAAUUUCAGAUAAACAAUAGAAGCAUUAAGAUCAACAUUCAACACAGUGCUUGGUGUAGGCUACUAUAGAUGAGUAAAGACUGGAUGAGGUUUAAGUGCAAUGACCCCUUCAUCUCCAUUAUCCCCUCCAGCUAAAAAAAUAAAGAUGGGGGAACCAGGAAAAGGAUGUGAAACGAAGGAUGGUAUUGAAACUGCCAAAGACAGUUGUGAUGAUUCUGAUUCUAAAUUAAAGACAGACAACUACUCUGUUCUCACAGAUGAAGACGGAGAAACAGCUGUAAUUACUACAGCAGCAGCUGUUAGAACUUCAGAGAAGUACUCGUCCAUUGAUAAGAAUUCGGCGUCCAAACUUGAAUAUUGUCGUGUCCGAAAUCAAAAUGAUAUUGUUACCAUUCCAGCGUCAGAUGAUGAAACUAGCGAUGAAUCCAUGAAUUUAGUUCAAGAAAGGGAAAAGUUUUCUGUUCAGACCGCCACCAGUUCUAAAUUCACGAUGGAAAACACACAGGAUUCAGUAUCUGUCUGUUUGUAUGAUGAAACAAAUAGAAAAGUCCAGAACAGUGGAACUCCGACUAAAUUCAGUUACGCAGAUGUGUUGAAAAGUUCUCCGACUAAAGAAAGACAAACUCCAAGAAAGGAAGAAAGUACAGCUAGUCAUGGAGCUACAUUUACCGUUCAUGACUUUCAUGAAAACGAUGAUACAGAUAAAGAAGAUGUUGCAAAUGAUACUGAUGUGUCGGAAUUUAACUCAUCCCAGGAUAUGUUCGGAUCUCAGGAACUCAAACGGACCUUGACAGUAAGCGAGUGUACUGCUGGUUGUGAACUAGAUGAGUUGGGUAGACUAGGUGUAACCGUUCCACAUCCUUCAUCUCCUCUUAAACCAUCCUCCACGCAUACAGUUCUUCUUCACUCUCAUUCUCUUAAUUUGGACAGAGUUCCUGCUCCCUACCCUACUGUAUCCCGUGAUAAUAAUGAUGUCUGGGAUAAUGAACAUGUUCGUCUACCCUGGUCUAGGCAUAACCAGUAUGUUGACAAUAGUAGUAAUAACAACGGUAGAAAGAAGAAGAACAAGAAUAGAAACAGACCUGAGUUAAAGUCCAGAUGGAGAAUGAUAAAGGAAGUGUUAGGUCAACAGAUCUCCUCUACUCUGCAACUGCGUGAGGCAAUCCUUAGUUACAAUUCAAGGUUUUAUGAUGACCCAAACUGGUCGUUCCAGUGUUUGCAUGAGAUAGUUGAGGACUUCAAUGAAGCUGAAGAGGAAUUAUUUUUCACAAAAAUACUUCCUGGGAUGAUAAAGUUAUGCUUAGCAGGACCAGAGGAAAUUACUGGACCCAUUCCUCUUCUUCGUCAAUCACAGAGAAUGAGUAUAUCUCUGUCCCAGCACCAGAUCUCUAUUCUACUUGCUAAUGCAUUUUUCUGCACAUUUCCUAGGAGGAACAACGCUGGACCUAAAUCUGAUUAUGUAAACUAUCCAGAUAUAAACUUCAACAGGUUGCUCAGUGUAAAUAUUAGAAGACCUGAGGCACAAGCUGAAAAGAUCAAGUGUAUUCUUGCAUAUUUCAGGAAUGUUAUUGAGAAUCCUCCGGUUGGUGUUGUAACCUUUAAACGGCAGGUUUUGUCUCGACAAAGUAUACCAAACUGGAGAACUACAAGGGUUCCCAUGUCUAGCAUUAAACUACGAAUAUCUAUGACAGGAACCAUAGAAACAGAUGGACAAGGGAUGCUACAAGUAGAUUUUGCAAACAAGUUUGUAGGAGGUGGUGUACUAGGACAAGGACUGGUCCAGGAGGAGAUCAGGUUUACAAUCUGCCCGGAGCUCAUCAUCUCCAGACUCUUCACGGAGGUUCUAGGGGACAGAGAGGUUCUCCUCAUGAGGGGAGCUCAGCAGUAUUCAAGAUAUACCGGGUAUGGAGAUAGUUUCAAAUUUGCUGGUUCUUUCAUUGACACAACAGAAGUAGAUAGUUGUUUUAGAAGAGCCACUCAUAUAGUAGCAAUGGAUGCUACACUCUUCCAUAAUAGUCAGAUUCAGUAUUGCGAGAAAAUGAUAAUACGGGAGCUGAACAAAGCUUAUGCUGGGUUUCAGGAGACAGGGAACCAUGUCAACAACAAGAAGUGUGCUGUUGCUACUGGAAACUGGGGUUGUGGUGCUUUUAGGGGUGACCCAGAGUUAAAGUUUUUAAUCCAACUGAUGGCUGCUGCCCAAGCUGGAAGAAGUGUUUAUUAUCUUACUUUUGGUGAUUCAAGGCUAGUCAGGAACGGAUGGAGGGUAUUUGAUUUGCUGAGUAGAAAGGAUAUUAGUGUGGGUCUCCUGUACAGUAUAAUUGCUAAAUACAGGAAAAAGGCUGAACUGAAUGUAUGUAGGGGAGGUGAUGAUGUUGAUCUGCUUGAGUAUGUUGAGGCUCAAGUGCAGCUAGAUAUAGAUCCAGAACUAGUGUUUCCUACAGAUAAGACAGAUCAACCAUACUCCGCCUAUGAUGAAGAUACUGAUGAUGAAAGACCUUCUUCUCCAGUUUAUCAACCAAUCUCUAGUCCAGUCGAGAUGAAUGCUCAGGAUUUAGCAAUUCUCUCCGAAUACAAGAACGUGGACACUUCCUCUACAUUGAUCAAUGGUCCAGGGACCACUGAAACAUUCUCUCAGGGCCCAGAGGGGUCCUUAGCUAGUUUAGAACUAGUCUGCACAAGAGAAGACCCAUGCAAGAUUAAAUCGUGUACAUAUAAAACUCCUUGUCUUAGAGCUCAGCCUGAAAAGUCAAAGAUUACACCAUUUGAUGAGGUCAGGAAUUCUACGACCAGCUCAGAGAAGGAGGUCAAUAGUUAUACAACCAACUCACAGAAGGAGGUCAGGAUUUCUAUGACCAACUCAGAAAAGGAGGUCAGGAGUUCUACGACCAACUCAGAAAAGGAGGUCAAGAGUUAUACGUCCAACUCAGAAAAAGAGGUCAGGAGUUCUUCAACUCUCUCAGAAAAGGAGGUCAGGAGUUCUACUACUCUCUCAGAAAAGGAGGUCAGGAGUUCUACGACUCUUUCAGAAAAGGAGGUCAGAAGUUCUACGACCCUCUCAGAAAAGGAGGUCACUGAAGCUUCUUCAACGGAUCCCUUGGAUAUUCUCGAGAAUGGACUAAAGAGUUCCGUGAAUUCACGAACUAAAAACUCGGUUUUCUCCGUAAAAUCAGAGAAAAAAUCCAAGAGGGAGGAGAAAAAUAAGAUAACAAAUUACUUACUUCCAAAACCAAAAAAAAAAUAAUCUAACGUGCCUUUUAAACAUCUGAAAUAGAACUUCUGUUUCAUAUAUCCUACUUUACAUGAGUGGCAUGUCUGAUUCACAAUGAAUCCCUUUAAAGCAUUAUCUGAUCCAGUAUUUUGAAAGAAAGUUUCGUAUUUCUAGCUUAAAGUGUUAAAUUCUGACAACUUCGUCAACGUCCGUUGUUUUUUACAUAAAUCCGCAGGUCACUGUUAUAGAUUAAUCUUAAUUGAAAAUAAUCAGUUUUCUUAGUUUGAACCAUGUAUAUAUCAUUUAUCAGAUAUAUCACCAGUCAAAGGUUUUAAGGGUACCGUUGUUAUAUAGGCAUGCCGCUCUGCAAAUGAAGGAUAAAUAAAUAUUACGCGUACAGUCCCUUUAAGAAUUAAACUAAGAACUAAAUAUCAACAAUUAAAUAAGGUAUUAAAUAUUGAUUUGGAAAAUUGAUGGAUUGCCAUACAUAAUACUCAAUGAAUGCAGGGUUAAUACUGAACACACACUUGUCUUUUACCAUCCUAGUAUUUAACAGUCUUCACUAAUUGCUGGAACAAGAAACAAGGUUAUAAAUUGCAAUCAGGGUGUCUUAGUUUAAAUAAGGUUGAUAAAAGGGUGUCUCAGUAUAAAUAAGGCUGAUAAAAGGGUGUUUCAGUAUAAAUAAGCCUGAUAAAAGGGUGUCUCGGUAUAAAUAAGCGUGAUAAAAGGGUGUCUCAGUAUAAAUAAGGCUGAUAAAAGGGUGUCUCAGUAUAAAUAAGGCUGAUAAAAGGGUGUCUCAGUGUGAAUAAGGCUGAUAAAAGGGUGUCUCAGUAUAAAUAAGGCUGAUAAAAGGGUGUCUCAGUGUGAAUAAGGCUGAUAAAAGGGUGUCUCAGUUUAAAUAAGGCUGAUAAAAGGGUGUCUUAGUAUAAAAAAGGCUGAUAAAAGGGUGUCUCAGUAUAAAUAAGGCUGAUAAAAUGGUGUCUCAGUGUGAAUAAGGCUGAUAAAAGGGUGUCUCAGUUUAAAUAAGGCUCAUAAAAGGGUAUCUUGGUAUAAAUAAGGCUGAUAAAAGGGUGUCUCAGUAUAAGUAAGGCUGAUAAAAGGGUGUCUUAGUAUAAAUAAGGCUGAUAAAAGGGUGUCUUAGUAUAAAUAAGCCUGAUAAAAGGGUGUCUCGGUAUACAUAAGCGUGAUAAAAGGGUGUCUCAGUAAAAAUAAGGUUGAUAAAAGGGUGUCUCAGUAUAAAUAAGGCUCAUAAAAGGGUGGCUCAGUAAAAAUAAGCCUGAUAAAGGGUGUCUCAGUAUAAAUAAGCCUGAUAAAAGGGUGUCUCAGUAUAAAUAAGGCUUAUAAAAGGGUGUCUCAGUAUAAAUAAGGCUGAUAAAAGGGUGCCUUAGUAUAAAUAAGCCUGAUAUAAGGGUGAUGAAUGUAUGAAUGUAUAAAUGUAUGAAUUUAUGAAUGAGGCUGAUAAAGGGUGUCUCAGUAAAAAUAAUGCUGAUAAAAUGGUGUCUCAGUAAAAAUAAGGCUUAUAAAAGGAUGUCUCAGUAAAAAUAAGGCUUAUAAAAGGUUGUCUCAGUAAAACUAAGGCUGAUAAAAGGGUGUAUCAUUAUAAACAAGGCUGAUAAAAGGGUGUAUCAGUAUAAAUAAGGCUGAUAAAAGGGUGUCUAUAAAUAAGCCUGAUAAAAGGGUGUCUCAGUAUAAAUAAGGCUUAUAAAAGGGUGUGUCAGUAUAAAUAAGCCUGAUAAAAGGGGUGUCUCAGUAUAAAUAAGCCUGAUAAAAGGGUGUUUCAGGUAUGAAUAAGGCUGACAAAAGGGUGUCUCAGUAUUAAUAAGCCUGAUAAAAGGGUGUCUCAGUAUGAGUACGGCUGAUAAAAGGCUGUCUAAGCCUAAAUAAGGCUAUAAAAGGGUUUUUCUGUAUAUAACUGGGUGUCGCAGAGAACUCUGUGUCUCAAGGUAAAUAAGGCUACCGAACUAUGUGUUUAAGAGUAAAUAAGGCUACAAAACUAAGUGUUUAAGAGUAAAUAAGGCUACCAAGCUCUGUGUCUCAAGCUAAAUAAGGCUACCAAACUAUGUGUUUAGGAGUAAAUAAGGCUACCAAACUCUGUGUCUCAAACUAAAUAAGGCUACCAAACUAUGUGUUUAAGAGUAAAUAAGGCUACCAAACUCUGUGUCUCAAGGUAAAUAAGGCUACCAAACUAUGUGUCUCAAGGUAAAUACGGCUACCAAAAUCUGUGUCUCAUGGUAAAAAAGGCUACCAAACUAUGGAUCUCAAGCUAAAUAAGGCCACCAAGCUAUGUGUCUAAGAGUAAAUAAGGCCACCAAACUCUGUGUCUCAAGGUAAACAAGGCUACCAAACUAUGUGUCUUAAGAGUAAAUAAGGCUACCUAACUCUGUGUCUCAAGCUAAGUAAGGCUACCAAACUCUGUGUCUUAUGGUAAUUAAGGCUACCAAACUCGUACCAAGGUAAAUUAGGCUACAAAACUAUGUGUCUCAGUACAAAGUAGGCUACCAGACUUUCAAGUAAAUAAGGCUACCAGAUCCUGGGUGUGGAAAUUUUUAAAAUAAUGAAUUUUCCAAAUAAUGAAUUUUCCAAAUCGGUUAAUUAUAUUUUUGUGUAAUUUGAUAUUUGACAUAUAAACAGAGUUGUUUUCAUAGAUGUAGCAUUUAAUCGACGAUAAACUUGGAAACUCAUAAACAACUUCAGGGGAUAAUAUAUUCCCCCCAAAAAAAAAAAAGUUAAAUUUUCGGACAAGGAAUUUUUUUUUUGGAAUAUAGAAAUUAAAAUGAAAAAAGGGAAAGCCAUAUAUGCUAGUUUUUAGUUCCAUUUUAUCAACUACCAAAAAAUGUUGGCAAUUAUUGGAUGUAUAUACUAUAUCCCUGAACAAUUGUUCCUCAAAUGACCCACUUUAGACACAAAAAGUUCAUCUGAUGUUGGUACUUGAUUACACAGUAUAAUAAUGUUGAAUUUGACACCUGUUAUAAAACAUGCCUUAAUUUGUCUAAAUAUUUGAUCAAAGAUAGUUUUUAAUUCAAUCAUCGUAGUAUUGUUGAACUGAAGAAGAAG